GGUCACGAUGAGAAGCAGUUUUAGUGUAAAAUCGCAUUCGAAACGAUUUGCACAAAAACAAACAUGAGUGUCUUGACCGAAUUUUUCAUCGCCUUAGUCGCCCUUAUUUUACUUCCUUUCUACUUUUACUACACAAAAAUACGGCGAAUUGAAAACUUCUUCAAGCAUUUUCCCUCUCCUGCCGGAGUGCCAAUUUUGGGGGUUGCUCCGGAGUUUAAAACCACGUCAUCCGUUUUGGAUAAUUUUCACAAAUAUGCAAAAGCACACGGGACAAUGGUCCAUUUAAAGUUUGGUCCUUUUAAACACGCGUUGCUGUGCACUGAUACCAAGUUUCUUGAAUUUUUGCUUAGUAGCAACAAGUUAUUGAAGAAGUCUGUUAAUCUGAGGUUUUUGGAGCCGUGGAUUGGCACCGGUUUAGUGACCGCAGACGGGGGACCAAAGUGGAAAACACACAGAAAACUCAUAACGCCAGCUUUUCAUUUUAAGAUUCUUGAGCAAUUUGUCGAUAUUUUUGAGUCUGGAGGUGACAUUUUGGUGAAGAAAUUGUCUGAAGUUAGUGGUAGUAAAAGUUGCGACAUUUACCCCUACAUUACAAAGUGUACUUUAGAUAUAAUCUGUGAAACUGCAAUGGGCACGAAAGUGGAUGUUCAAAACACUGAAAACUCUGCGUAUUUUGAGAGUAUUAAAGAAAUGUGCAGGAUUUUUACUGUUCGUACUGUGGGAGCAUUUUUGAGCAAUGACUUCAUUUUUCGUUUUUCGAAAGAUUACAAAAUACAAACUAAAGCCGUUAAAGUUCUCCACAAUCAUUCAAAUGAGGUUAUUGUAAACAAACGGAAAGAACUCAAAGAAAAAAAUAAUGAAAACACUAGUGAUAUUGAUGAGUUGGGGCGAAAAAAGAAGAAAGUGUUUUUGGACCUAAUUCUGAGUGCUACUACUGAUGGGCAAAGUCUUUCACCAGAAGAGAUCCGUGAGGAAGUGGAUACUUUCAUGUUUGGUGGUCAUGAUACUACAGGAACAGCUACAAGUUUUAUACUUUACUGUAUUGCAAAUAAUAAAGAAGCUCAGGAGAAAAUUCUAGAGGAACAAAAGCAACUCUUUGGUGACGAGAGAAGCCCAAAAGUGACUUACUCCACUUUGCAAGAGAUGAAAUACUUGGAAAAUGCUAUAAAAGAAGGUUUGCGUUUAUAUUCCCCUGUGCCAAUUUAUGGCCGACUCAUCGAUCAAGACACUGAAUACAACGGUACAAUGAUCCCGAAAGGCGUUGGUGUCAUAAUUUUUGCACACGGAAUUCACAUGAACCCAAAAUACUAUCCAAACCCCGAAAAAUUCGACCCAAGUAGGUUUGAAAACACUACCGGCAAGGACCCUUUCACUUUUAUCCCCUUUAGUGCAGGUCCGAGGAACUGCAUUGGUCAAAAAUAUGCCAUGCUGGAAAUCAAAAGUUUAGUUUCCAAAGUUGUGAGAAAUUUCGAACUGUUUCCAGCUUCGCCCACACACGAAAUGCACCUUGCUCCAGAAACGGUGCUCAAGUCUCUAAAUGGGGUUAAAAUUGGUUUAAAAAUGCGAUAAGUGGUUCCAAAACCGUAAUUUUGGAUAUUGCGUAUUAUAUUGUUUUUAAACAUCAUCAAUAAAGAUUGUGAUUUCAAAAA